UGGCCGGGUAGACGGUGCGCGCGGACUGCGGGGGCCAGCCUGUCGUGCGCUGAGGGGGAUCGGGGCGCCCAUUCCUUCUAGAGGUGCUAGUGGGGCUUAAAGCCGGUUAUAGUUUUCUUAUCCACAUCCCCCGGACGGCUGCUCUUUCCGAUUCGUUCUCAGGCGCGAUGGAAGAGGCUCCCGGGAAGCCCCUCAGCUGCGAGGAGAAGGAAAAGGUGGUGGAGAUACCUGGACCAAUACCCGACAAAUAAGCGAUUCAUUUUCCAAGUGAAUGUCUGAGGGUAACAGCUUCUGCUACCUUGUAGGAUCUCACAGUGAGAAUGGGGGGUGGGGGAAUGGAAAAGUAAACAGAUAACAAAGUAUAAUAAGUACUGUGAUAAAGGAAGUAUAGAGGAGAGAUGGAGUGUCUUAUCUGGAUUGAAGAAGGACCAGGAAAAUAAAAAUCUAAGAUGAGGCUUGAGGAAUCAGUAAGAAUUAGCAAAGUGAGCUGGGAGGAAAUGCUCCGGGUGAUAACAGUCUGUGCAAAGGUACUGACACAAGAGAGGACUUGGUGCUUUGUGAGAAGUGAGAGUAAUGUGGGCUGGUACCACUGCCUCUUGCUGAGGGACCAGCUGAGCAGCUCACACUCAUGUCUGAUAGGCACUGUACCCUGUUUCUCUGCUCACUGUACUCUUUCCAUUGCUCAAUAUUGUCUGGUAUUAUACUUCCAGUUGAAGGAAAAAUUAGCAUUCUUGAAAAGGGAAUACAGCAAGACCCUGGCCCGCCUUCAGCGUGCCCAAAGAGCUGAGAAGGUUAAGAAUUGUAUUAAGAAAACAGUGAAAGAACAAGAUUCUUUGCUUCAGCCAGAAGUUUCACCACAGCUAAACCAUUCAGAACCUAAAACUAAUGUAUCUUCUUGUGACGCAUUACAAAUCAACACCCUUCUUGAUGAAGAAACUGGAGAUGUUGAGCCUGAGUCCUUUAAAUCUGGACGUGGUCCAGCGGAAGGAUUACACAUACAGAAAACAGAUGAUAUCCAAGAAUAUUUUGCCUGCAGGGUCAGUGGCCCUGAUGGCGAGAAAAGGCAGAGUAAACUGCCAGGGAGAAGAAAGAAGCAACAGAAGAGAAUAUUUAUUUCACAAGAGAGAGAAUCUUUCUUUGACACUGAUUCACUUAUCCUCUCUGGAAAAAGACUAAACAAACAAAAAGAAAUCAAUAGUGAAAAUCCUGAGACACCUGUAACUAAAAUAAGAACUAAGUUUUUGAGUCCUCAGUCUGACAUUCCAGAUUCUCAAGCACCAGUUACAGAAACUAAUGGAGGGAGUGUAUUAAUUCUGUUCAAUGCCAAGCCACAAAGCAAUGUAAAUGCUGUCUUAGGAGAAAGUAAUUUCCCUAUGGUGCCCCCACAUCCUUUGUAUACUCCCUCAGAUAGCAGUAGUGGUCCACACCUUCAACAUAAGCCUCCUAAACAGAACUGUGAGCUUACUGCUCACAGUUUAAAAAGCAUUAGCCUUAUGUCACCUGUAAACUUGGAGGCACACAGCAAAAACAUGACUGUCUUUACAGGUAACUCAGAGGUAAAUAAAACUGUAACUGCAAGAGGCCAGCAGCCUAGAAGUCUUGACUUAGAAGCAGAUAAUGCAUGUUCUGUAAAUGAACUCACUUGUAAGUUACCAGCAAAUGAAAACCAAAACUUAAAAGACCAAAGUCACACAGAGGAGUCUUUAGAACCUUUCAGUAAUGCCCUUGAUGAUAGAAAUGAAAGUCUUCAUGAAAAUGUGGUUCUGAAUCACUCGAGUUUUGGCCCAGAAGUAGUCUCUCCUGUUUCUGCAGAAAAUCAAACACAUUCUUGCACUAUGCCAGAAGGCCUUCUUUUUCCUGCAGAAUAUUAUGUUAGAACAACACAACAAAUGUCAAAUUGCCAGAGGAAAGUAGCCCUGGAGGCUGUAAUUCAAAGUCACUUCAAUGUCAGAAAGAAGGGGGUUAAAAAUGAAAAUAAGGAAGCUACUAAACUUUUAAAUCUUUUCAGUGAAGAAACUAACGAAAGUAUAACUAGGAUGUGUGACACAUCCACAGGACAAACAAGUUCAAGAAGUCCUCUUCAGACACUUCUCUCAUUAACUGAAGUCAGUUCUCCCACUGGGCCCACUAAAGAUGACUUUUCUAGGAAGGCAGCUACUCAGCCAUCCAGUAGAAGACACCGAGGAAAAAGAAAGUCAAUCUGCACCCCUACAUCACAUCAUCAUGAACUACUUUUGCCCACUUCUGGCAUAUCAGGCGUUAACAGAUCCAAGGAAGAAGUCACCUUGCACAAAGAGAAGAACGAAAAAGCAAUUAUUCAUGGGAAAGAAGGUCACUGCCAAAAAGAGGACUCCUUUUCUUCCAGUAAUAAUGUUUAUUCAGCUUUGGGCAAUGAUGCUUGCAGUGCCCCAUCUCAUAAGCAUGAAGUGUUAAAUUUAAAGCAACUGUCAUCUGUUCUCAAAAUCACAGACUUUCAGUUACCUGAUGAAGAAUUUGGAUGUCUUAAGCUUGAAAAACUGAAGACCUACUCAGCAAAGCCAGUUGAGCCGUUUGGAUCAAAAGUGUAUGGAGAUAAGCAUCUUAAAGAGGGAAAACGUAUUGUUUUGGAGGAACUGACUCCUAAACAAAUUGAUGUAGAAAUGGAGGACUUGGGAGAGAAACUGAUUGUUCUACCAGGAAAAACACAUCCUAAAAUACCAAAGCUAAAAAGCCAGCCACAGCAGAAGGGCCUUUCCUCAUCCAUGUUACUUUUCACUCCUUUAAAUACUAUUACUCCUGAUGAUGAUAAGAGACCAACAGCAGAUGUGUGUUCACCUGCUUUCCCCAUCAUAGGCACUACUCCUGAUCUUGGCUCCCAGGCACACAAAGUGACUGUAGAAGUUGUUAGACUAACUUGUGCUUCACCCCUGCUUUCUUAUGGGAAAACCAGUGAGAGUCAGCAAUGCCACAAUUGUACCAGCCCACCAAAAUUAGAUGGCAUGCUCUAUGUGUCAGGAAGGGAAGGACAGCCUAAGUGUAACUGUGAUUCUGGUCCCCAAGCAACACCUCUCCCCACUGAGUCAUUCACUUUCCAAGAGGAUCAGCUCUGUGGAAAUAUAUGCCUGGAACCAUGGAAACAUUCCAUUGAACAGACUGAAAUAACAGAUGUUCCUACUUGUGACACCUUAAACCCAGGCAACCUACAAUUGGUUUCAAAAUUAAAGAAUCCUUCAGGUUCCUGUUCUGUGGAUGUGAGUGCUACGUGGUGGGAAAUAGCUGGUGUCAAAGAGCCAUGUAUCAUAACUGCUUGUGAAUAUGCAGUUUCUCUUUGGAAACCUCUGGAUAUUUGGCAGUGGGAAAAAAUAUAUUCCUGGCACUUCACAGAGGUUCCUGUAUUACAGAUAGUUCCCAUGCCUGAUGUUUGUAAUCUGGUGUGUGUGGCUUUGGGAAAUUUGGAAAUCAGAGAAAUCAGGGCAUUACUUUGUUUCCCUGAUGCUAAAAGUGAAAACCAAGUGCUUCUGAGUUCUGGAAAUAUACAAGCUGUGCUUGGACUGACAAAGAGGAGGCUAGUCAGUAGCAGCAGGACCCUUUGUGAUCAACAAAUAGAGAUCAUGACAAUUGCAGAAGACGGAGGGAGCAAAGAAAAACAGUUUUUGAUGCCCAUCGAGGAGACUAUACAAACUUUUGCUGAAGUUCAAGGGAUGCAGGAUGCUCUGCUUGGUACCACUAUAAUGAACAACAUUGUUAUUUGGAAUUUAAAAACUGGUCAGCUCCUGAAAAAGAUCUACAUUGGUGAUUCCUACCAAGCAUCCAUCUGUCACAAAGCCUAUUCUGAAAUGGGACUCCUUUUUGUUGUUCUGAGUCAUCCGUGUGCCAAAGAGAAGGAGCCAUCGGGAAGCCCCAUGUUUCAGCUUAUUGUGAUCAACCCCAAGACAGCCCUGAGCAUGGGUGUGAUGCUCUACUGUCUUCCUCAAGGGCAGGCUGGGAGGUUCCUGGAAGGUGAUGUGAAGGAUAAUUUCGCAGCAGCAGUGUUGACUUCUGGAACAAUUGCCAUUUGGGACUUACUUCUAGGUCACUGCACUGCUCUUCUUCCACCCAUCUCUGACCAGAACUGGUCUUUUGUUAAAUGGUCAGGUACAGAUUCUCAUUUGCUGGCUGGACAAAAAGAUGGAAGCAUAUUUGUGUAUCUAAUAAGUUAGAGUAAGGUAAAAACACACUGUUCUGGAUAUGUUUGGCCUCCUCGUGCUUUUUGAACUUAUAACUGUAAGAAAAGUAUCUGAAUGACAUUUAAAGUAAUUACUUGUAUUUCAGACAGGCUUUUUAUUCUGAUGGUGAUGGCCUUACUGAUCUUUAAUGUUCAUUUAUACAUUGGGAAAAGAAUAUUAGGUUAAUUUUUAUAAUUCCUCUCAUUUGUGCAUUUGCUUUUAAAAGUGUACAUAAAGCUUCAAAGGUCAAUAAAUAUUUGUUAUGCACGCUUUUCCCCAAGAGCAUGCCCACACCUUUCUUCCCCCUUUCUUUCUCAGGCGUGCUUUUUCUCCCUAAGUUCUAGGGGACCCGGAAAGACUUGGCAACCAGGGAAGCAACGGGCAGCAGGGGCUAGUCCCAGGUUAACCCCCUGAAGCUACCCCAAGGUCUCCUUUUCUCUGACUCUCUAGUAACCUGAUAGCAGCUGCACCUUGGCUCACUUCUUUCCCAUAACAUUUCUAAAGAGCCAAAGCAGCCCUGCCUAGACUUGCUUCUUCUAUCUUAAGCUUGUUUCACUGUCCCCAGCUUUAAUAAACAUACUCUCAAAAUAAAAAAAUAAAUAUUUAUUUGAUAUAUUCUGCUUGGCAUAUUAUUUUUCCCACCUAUUAAGACCAUUUUCAGAAACAAUUAUUUUACAACUAGAAUAGGCAAGAUUUGCAUAAUAAAAGUAAACUGCAGUUAAGUUACUAUACUCACAAUAUAUUUUUAUCCCAUUUGUAAU